AAGUGAAAAAUCUUCUGCCGACCGUAUCUAGGAGGAAGUUCCUGCUCUGCUCGCCGUAAAUCUUUUCGAUCGAAGUUGCCUAUUUCAAGUGAAAUCAGUUCUAAUUUUUCGAAACUCUAUUAAUGGUUCUUAUCCAGUCGUUUGCAGUUGAUUUGCAUGUGACACAGUCGCCAGUAGCAGUCAACGCCGUCACCUCGAGUUGACCUACGGAUAGAGGAAGUCUCCGGCCAAAGCUUGGCGACGAAAUCGAAGAAGCUAGUCACACUCAAAAGAAUAAAUUAGAAUUAUAAUUCAAUUUCUCUUCUUACCCGGUCCCUACUGGUGCCGCGCGCAAGUGGCACCAAAGUGUACGAAAUGAAAUCGGAGCAAAGUUGCGGCAGCAGCAAAAAACGAAUGUGUUUAUGCAUAAUGUCGAGUGAAUCGGUUGGAUACAGCAGUACGUAAAGAAAAGGUACAAACGGAGGUUAGCUUAGGAAAGCAAAGUGGCAGGACUAUAGUUUCCAACGAAGCUUUGUCGGUUGUAGAUGGUAUAGAGCAGAAACCCUAUCGGGAUGUAGAAGUGAUGUAAUCAGUAAUUUCUCGCUAUUUGGUGGUGGUGUAACUAACAAAAAACUAUUGUCAUUCUACUAUAUUACUAACAAUCCAGUGUAAUGUGCUAGCGAAUUGUUCGACAGUAAGCAAACCAAAGAGUUCUGUGCCAUAUAUCGGAGCGUAGUUAAACCUAACCCAAAAAUAUUAAGUACAAUUGUGCAUUUACCUUAAACAAAUAUCUGAUAUCUUAACUAACACACAAUGAAGCGCACUCGUCCUGCUAGGACAGCAGAAGUGACGAAAACACCUCCGAGCAGGCGAAAAGCUAAAGUCAUUAAGCAAGAAAACGAAAACAACAAUAACGUUAACAAUCCGGUGGCUUGCAGUUUACCAGAAUCAUCGGAAGUACACGGAACGGUAUUACAGCAGCGGUCAAUCCUUCCGGAAGUCGCAUUACCAAGCAAACGAAAAUCUAAGGUCAUUAAGAAAGAAAAUGGAAAUAACAAGACCAAUAAUGAGCUGGCAGCUUCUAGUGUACCAGAAUCAGCAGAGCUUGUUUUGCCCGAGCAAUAUAUCCUUCCCGUUGCUGAAGCUCCAAGCAAACGAAAAGGCAGGCUCAUUAAAAAAGAAAAUAACAAAAACAACAACAAUCAACAACCGAUAGCUUCCAAUGUGCUGGAAUCACCGGAGUUCAUUUUACCGGCGGAAUCUACUCCUCAAGAGGUUUCCAAUUUGCCAGAAUCUCCGCAGCUUGUUUUACCGGAGCAACCUAUCUUGCCGGAGGCCGAAGAUUUGGACAACGGUUUGUUGGUUCUGGCUGUAGACUAUGAGCCAGUGUCUGGUACAUGGUCUAAUGGAGACGAUAUUAGCGGAACCGAUCAGCCAAAACAAGGGCGAAAGAAAUCUCGCAAGCAGUACAUAUGCAACGUGUGCGAUAAGAAUUUUAUGGGAGCAAAUGAUUUGCGCAAGCAUUUGCGCAUUCACAAUGACGAGCGACCGUACGGCUGUCCGCACUGUACCAACCGCUUCCGGCAGGCAGGCUGUUUGAAGAAUCAUAUCGCGUCCCAGCAUGGUACGGAUACACUGUACACGUGCGAUCUGUGCGGGAAGGCGUUCCCAAUCAAGGAACGGCUGCGUUUACAUAUGCGAGUGCACACCGGCGAGAAACCGUACCAGUGCCCAAUGUGCCCGAAAAAGUUCGCCCGAGGUGGCCAGCUCACUCAGCAUCUAGCUACACACAACGGAAUUCGCCGGCAUAAGUGUCCCCACUGCUCGGGAGCCUUCUCGUGUGCGGCCAAUCUGAAAAUGCAUCUCAAAAGUCAUCUGGACAUCCGUGAUUAUACGUGCCAUAUCUGCGGAAAAGGGUUUUAUCGUCCGGACGCAUUGAAGAAGCAUCUCCAAUGCUACCACGCAAAUUUAAAGGCUUUCCAUUGUCAUAUAUGCAACAAGAUGUUCAAAGGCCAUCUUCCGCAACACAUGCGAACUCAUAAGAUGAUUCGUCCACACGGAUGUGCCGUCUGCGGUGCCGUCUUCUCUCAGCGAUCGCAACUGGUAGUGCAUCAGCGCAUACAUACCGGGGAGCGUCCCUACAGAUGUCAGGUUUGCUGGCAAGCCUUCGCUCAUUCAAGUGUGCUCAAGUUACACAUUCGUAAACAUACAGGGGAAAAACCAUUUGAAUGUCCGAUCUGCAAGGUUGGAUUCUCUCAGUUGCCCCAUCUGAAGAAACACAUGCUCUCUAUUCACAAUCAGGACAAAUCGUAUUUAUGCAAAAAUUGCAACGUUUUCUUCAAAACCAAACUAGACUACCAGAAUCAUGUUGCCAGCUGUCAGCCGGAAACACCAGAGGCAGCUGCCAGUGUGGAGGAAAUUAUCGAUAGAGAGGUGAAAAAUGCAAAUAGCGGGGUUGAUCCUCCUAUGCCACUGUCACACAUGCGCUUCCUGGUUGCUAUUCUACUGAAAAAGAUCUCAACAGAAGAGCGGUUAAAGGAUCUGGGCUUUGACCGGCGGUUGAUUGAUAAUGUGCUAGUUGAUUCGUUAAAAUGCGCGGGUCGCAAAGCGUUCGACGAUAAAUCACUGGAUCCGGCUUUCCGUCUGAAGCAGAACGUGCAGGAGCUGCUCGAGUGGACCGUGCCGGCCAAGUAUAUGGAAGAGUUUAAGAAAGCAAACCGCAGUACCGAAGAAUUGUUGGAAGAUUUGACCAACUAAGGCGUCUGCGGCGGUACGUACAGUGCGAUUUUUCUUUACUCAGUCACUUUUGAAGUUAAGCUAUUUCUGUACAUUUCGAUAGAUAAGAUUUUUCGCAACUAUCAGCAGUUUUCAACUGAAGCGUUGAUUUUCCUUGUUGCUAUCAAACGUUUCCUAAUCUAAGUCUAAAACUUUCUAACUGCUACAACACAGUUAAUUUAAAAGGAUGAUUUUCUGGUGGUGGUUUUUGAAUACCUUUACUUUCUUACCAAAGCCUUUCGGUUAAUUUAAUCGACAUACAAUGUUCCAAAGCCAGAUGUUGCCAUACAUAAUAUAAAUAAAUAAUAAAAAUUUGCCAAAAUUUUAGUUGUAAAUCCUAAAGCUAGACUACAUCAAUAGCCUGUUCAAUUUGAAACAUUAUUACCAUCAUAAGUUACCUACGCGUAAAAAUCCUUAGUUUGGGAAAAUUAUGACGUUCAUCUUUGAAACGAAACCGGCAUGUGGUUGAGUAGACGAUUCUUCCAAACAUCGUCAUUCUAUGGCGUUCUGUGUUGUCUAGCAAAGUCCCAGUAAAUGAAACCAAAUCGAUUAAGCUAUGUACAGGAAUGUGUAGCUGAACUAGUCAAUUUUUUAUGCCAUCUUGAUAAGUUAUUGUAAAACGAGUCUAUUUGCCUUUCCAAUUUUUGGAAAAUCAGCGUGUACCUACAGCUGCACCAAACUUCAAAGUACGACAUUUUUCUUUAAUAUAUUCUUAUAUUUUGUUAUAAUUUUGUACAUUUUAUACGAUGGAAGCUCAAAACCAAAAAAACGUUCGUUCUUUAUUACAAUCUAAAUGCUUCGUACCGCAAAACUAGUGGGUAUGUGAAUAAAAUGAAUUUGGCCAAUGGGAUGCCAGUGAGUGUAGAAUUCUAGUUAUAAUAAAUGGAAAGUUAGAUUACAGUAGUGAAAUUAACAAAACUAGAUGUCGUAAGUGUAAAUGCAAGUAACGAUGGUGUUUCAAGACCGCUCU